ACCCACACCCACACCUUUGAGAUGAAAAAUAAACCUUUGACAUACCCAGGUAGGGAUGUGCAGUUUCAGUGCAAAUACUGAAAUACCGACAGUGCUACACUGACACUGACGUUCACCGACGCAGUGACUGUACCGGCACUGAUGUUCACCGUCGCAGUGACUGUACCGGCACUGAUGUUCACCGUCGCAGUGACUGCACUGGCACUGAUGUUCACUGAACCAAUGACUACACUGGUACUGACUGCACUGUACUGUAUAAAAAAAGGUAGAAUAAUAAAUCUUGCUCUAACUGCAAUUUUUUACAGUGCAGUGAACAUCAGUGUCAGUGCAGUCACUGCGUCGGUGAACAUCAGUGCCGGUACAGUCACUGCGUCGGUGAACAUCAGUGCCGGUACAGUCACUGCGUCGGUGAACAUCAGUGCCGGUGCCGUCACUGCGUCGGUGAACGUCAGUGUGACUUUGUCGGUGAUCAGUAUACUGAAACUGCAUAUCCCUAUACCCAGGUCGAACAUGCACGCUCGUAAACGGUCGUUUACGGAAAAAAACGGAGAUAUACGGAGGUCGUGCUCGGCUUCCGUAUAUGGAGCGAUACGAUGAGAGACGGAUUCCGUAAACGGAGACAGUACAAAAAUACGGAAUGAUUAUAAGAUGAAUAUCUGUGCUCCGUAUACGGUCGUAUAUCACCGUGCACGAUCGUACCUGGUCGUAUACGGCUACGAUAACCGUACAAUUCAAUGAACAACAUGUUUUGUGCAAUUCACAUAUAUUUUUCGAAUAAACAUAAUAAGUAUAAGUUUAAAUGCGAGAUUUUCAGGCUCAUCUUCCCUCGAUUCCCUCAUUACAGGCCUUAGCAGCCGUGGUCGAAGGUUAAAGAGUGCUGGGCACAAAUUGUGCUAUAGUAACCGACAUAUAACAAGCACCAGACUCCUUUUCCAUGAUUCCUUAGCAACGAACAAGGACGCUGAACGAUGUUAACAAAUACGGAUCAAAUUGUUCUAGAACAUUUCAAAGCUUUCCUUGAAAUUUAAAUGGCUGAACUAUGUUUUUGAAUGUUAUAUAUAGUACGGUUUCUGAUUUUUGCUCAAAUUAACGAGUAUAUGAUACAUAUCAAAGAUGGAUGAUAACUGGUGAUAUAUUUAUUUACUACGAUCGUCAUAUGAGCAAUACAAAAAGUAUUAAUUGAUCAAAUUCUAACUUGAGAGGACCAUCAAAACCAGUAUUUGAUAAGUUUAUCAAAGUCCAUAGUAGUGCAUUGAGACUUGCCGCAGAUCCAAUGAAGAUGUACAACAGGUUAAUUUCCCAAAUAAAUCAUUGGUUAGAACAAGAACAAAAAUAAUAGUAAUAAUAAUAGUAAAUUAAGAAAAACAAAUAAAAAAAUAAGUCGCAAGCGAAUGACAACAACACAAAUAAAUAAUGAAGGGCCAGUAAAAAAUAACAGAAAAAACUCUGUUAGAAACGCAGAAAUAAAUAAGACAGAUCGAUUCUCUAAGGAUCAAUUAUUCUUGAAAAGCAACUAUUAUCUGUUAGAUAUUAUUCAAUUUGCGUAUUUUGUAUUGUUAUGAUGAAGCCAAAGAAGACAUGAAGUCCAUGACAAAUCUCAGCAAAAAUCACCACUAUAAUUCCGCUCCCAAUAAUAUAUACAUAGAUAGAUGAAGGUUUGUCUAAAAGUUUUGGUAUCUUAUAGAAAAAUUUCUUUUCUCUCUUAUAACAAAUAAAAAAGAGUCAAAAUUGGACUGAUAGUCAAGCAGUACCAAAUGAGUAUCAAUCUAAAUGUUUACAACAAUAGCUUAAUUGAUAGUGAAGACAUAUAACAGCAAACUAAAAGAUUUUUUUUGCAUCAUCUAAUUAAGUAACCGGAUGCCGACGAUAAACGGUCGCAUUUUGUAUCUUUUCUUCUCUGUUUCUAAUAUGUUUGUUGCAAAAAAAUAUAUUAGAAGAUAGAGCGUCAAAAGAUCUACAAUAAAAAGCUUAUUUUAUAUAUGGUCUCUUAGUAUUCAAAAUCAGCAGAUUUCGAAGUGAGUGAAUUCUGAUGUAGCGAAAAAGUUAUUUUUUAUACAUGAUGAAUUCUUUUUUUCUUUAUUUUCUCUUUUCCUCAUUUUCAUCCAUUUUGAACACUAAAAGAUCAUAUAUAAAAUAAGCUUUCUAUUGUGGAUUUUAGAUCUUCUCACGCUCCACCUUCUGAUAUAUUUUUUUCAAGAAACAUAUUAGAAAUUGAGAAAAAAAAGAUAAACAAUAAAACUAUUUAUCAUGGGCACCGGUUACUUGAUUAGAUGGUACGAAAAAAAUCUUUUAGUUUGAAGUUAUAUUUUCACGAUAGCUUGAGCUUUAGUUGUGAAAAUUUAGAGUGAAAUUCAUCUGAUAUUGCUUGACUAUUAGUUCAAUUUUGAACUUUUUUUGAUUUUUUAUAAGACAGAGAAGAGGAAUUUUUCUGUGAAGUACCAAAACUUUUGGAUCACCCUUUAGGUAGGUAGAUUGAGAAAUACAUAGAUAGUUAGAUAGACAGUAAGAUAGAUAGUUAGGUAAAUAGUUAAAUAGACAGGCAGAUAGGUAGUUACGUGGAUGGAUAGUUAGAUAAAUAGAUAGUUAGGUAGAUCGAUAGAUACGUAAGUAGAUAGAUAGGUAAGUAGAUAGAUAGAUAGGUAGAUGGAUAGUCAGAUAGGUAGGUAGAUAAAUAGAUAGGUAGGUAGAUAGAUAGGUAGGUAUAUGUUCUAGUGAUAAUAUCACUGAUGUACGUGUAAUUAAAGGUAAAAAGGUCAAUAUUUUUCCCACACACACGGCAAAACACGAUCGUUUACGACCGUAUACGGAAAAAAUACGGUCGUUUACGGCCGUAUAUGCUCCGUAUAUGACCUCCGUUUUUCUCCGUAUUUCGCCGUAUACGAUCACGGAAAUAUACGAUCGUAAUACUAGAUCAUGUAAUACGGUGAAAUACGGUCGUAUACGGAGCGUAUAUGGUAUGUAUACGGUUGUAUACGAUGUCGUAAACGGUCGUUUACGGAGUCCGUAACGCUCGACCUGGGUAGAGAAUAGAAUUUUUUCUUUUCAAUUCGUGAAAUUAAUUACGAACUAUGGUUAGAUUUAAAUGCAUUUUCACGAACCUUUGAGAUAAAAAAUAAACGUUUGAGCUAGAGAAUAGAAUUUUUUCCUUUCAAUUGAUGAAUUUAUUUACGAAAUAUAGUUAGGUUUACAUGCAUUUUCAUGAACCUUUGACAUAGAGAAUAGAAAAAAAAUCGAUUGUGAUCAUUUUAUUUAUCUAACUUAAUCAUAUAAUUUACUAAAAAGAAAAAUAAAGAAAAAAAAUGUAUUUCUGAAUAAAUGUUUACAACGGCAGUAAAUCCUGUAAUCCAUACAAAAAAUGACUUCUCUUUCUAUUAUUUCUUAAAGGCACUUUCCUUUCGAACAGUUCAUGUGCAUGUAAUAACUAUAGAACGGGCACAUACUCUCAAAUCCCGCUCUGUCUUGUGGCCGGUUUCUUUUCAACGACCUGCUUAAACGGUGGUACAUGUACGUACAGUAUAUCGACGAGUACAAGUACUUUUUCAUGCGCUUCGAGCUCUUGGACAGGUGUGUGGGCAUGUCUGGAAGAUAGACAAAACUUAAACUUGAUAGCCAUUAAAAUUCUUUUUCUUUUAUCUCUCUAGGAAGUUAUUGUCAAACUCGUGAGUUUAUAUCUGACUGCUAGAAUACAAUCAGACAAGCCAUUUCUUCUUCCUGUUUGUGUUCUUUUAGCUUUAUGUCCUAAUUGUAAUUAUAAUUGUGAUUAUGGUUCUUGUAAUUCACCGUCGAGCUGUUAUUGGAAUAGUGAUUCGAAUCUAUUCAGAAACUAUCUAUAAAGUGCAUGUCUAGUUACAAGUACAGCUAAAAAUGUCCUACAUGUAUUUUGAAUUGCUCAUUACCAAGGAACAUGCUGUAACUCGACAAUUACAAGUGAUCAAUGUCUGCUGCUGAGUCCGGCGAGCACAACCUCUUGAGGUGAGUAGUCCACUGAAGGCUAUCUCAAAUGUUAUUCAUUUGAAAAAAAAUAUUAACUUUUAUCUUCACAGGUGGUGGAUUUAACAAUACUUUGUAUGGUCACGAAAAUGAUGCACUUAAUGUUUCCAGCGCAACAGGAAAAAUUCUUACAGUUGCUGCGUGUUUCUAUGGUAUUAAUAGUGCCAUUCCUGGAUGUGGUGGAUCGACAGUUUCGGCAAAUUGUCUCUCUAUGAAUGCUUCAUCUACAUGUCGUACACUAUAAAUUGAUGACGAAGAUUAUGCUGAUCAAUACGGUUCGUCAAAAACUUCAUCACAUACGCUCGAAAUUGAUUUGCAUUUUAAGCAUGGUGCAGAUAAAAUGACAUCACUAACGAAUUCUAGUCAAGAAAAUGAAGAAUAUAAUCGAUUAUCAUUUUGGAAGAUGAAACACGUUUCUUAUCCUAUUGUGGCGAUGGUUGCUACUCGUGUUUUAACUGUACUAGCUACCAGGGCAGCUGUUGAGCGCGAGUUCAGUUUUACUGGUAACAUUAUUACAUAA